AUGUGCUGGAAGCUAAGCAAAGUCAAGAAGCUGGCUGACUACGCUCGAGCAGAACCCCUUGCUUUUGUGGUUCUUUAUAAGCUCACCCAUAAACACACAUCUUCAUCACCACCCUCCCAAACCACACUCUCCACAUACCGCUUCGUUUGUGCAGAGAGGAAGAUGCCAUUAGACGUCUCCACGGAGCUGGUGCUCUACAGAGACCCGUGGGAGAUCAAGAAGAAGCUAACGGAAAGCGACGUCAACAGCUCGUCGCGGCUCCUGCUUCCACUGGACUGCCUGAAGGCCCACGUGUUCCCCAAGAUGAGCGAGGAGAAGGUGAGGCGGGUCAAGAGCGGGGAUGACGUGGAGGUCCUCGUGCUGGACAUGGACACAGACCGCGAGCACCAGCUCGUGUUCUGCCUCUGGAAGUCGGGAAGCUACGUGCUGAAAAGUGGCUGGACCCAGCUGUUCGUCAGGGGGCUAGGGUUGGAGGUCGGGGACGAGAUCGGGAUGUUUUGGGACGAGGCCUCUUGCAAGUUCCACUUUAAGGUCCUUCACAAGGUUGCUCUUGGCACGAGCAAUGCAGCGGCUUGA